AUGGCCUCCAACGGUAACUUCACCCAACAGGAUCAGUACAAGGAACCUGCCGACCAACAACCAACAGCUCCUACUACCUCUGCUGCCGAUGGCUCUGCCACCGCUGCCGCUUCUGCCACCAACAGCCAUUCCAAGGAUGAGGUUGGCUGGUAUUUCGUGGAACAAUUCUACACCACCCUAAGCAAGUUUCCUGAGAAGCUUCACCUUUUCUACGGCAAGCGCUCGCAAUUCGUCUGUGGUCGCGAAGCUGAGGUUGCCAAGGUCUCUGUUGGCCGACCGGACAUUCAAGAACGCAUCAAGAACCUAGACUUCCACGACUGCAAGGUCAGGAUAUCCAAUGUUGACUCCCAGGCUUCCUUUGAGAACAUCGUCAUCCAAGUGAUUGGCGAGACUUGCAACAACAACAAAGCACCCAAGAAGUUUGUCCAAACCUUUGUCCUUGCCCAGCAACCCUCCGGCUACUUUGUUCUCAAUGAUAUCCUGCGAUAUAUCGAUGAUGAGAGCGAUGACGAGUCUGCUGCUGCUUCUGAGGAGCCUGCCGCUCCCGCUACGGAGGAACCUGUUGCCGCUGUCGAGCCCGAGGCUCCCCAGUCUGUCGAGGAAACCAAGGAUGAGGCCCCUACCCUCGACCCCGAAGUUGUUGAUCAGAAGCUUGAAGAGGUUUCCACUUCUAAGGAUAGUGUGACCCUCAACGGCGACACCUCCGAGGAGUCUGUGACUAAGGAUCCUGAGACGAAGCCCGAGGAGCCCGCCGAGACCGCUGAUGAGGCUGCUAAGGAGCUUGCCGAGGAAGACGUGAAGGAGCCCGAGAAGCCUAAGGAUCCUAGCCCUACACCCGUUUCCAAGCCUGUCGCUCCUCCUCCUGCAGCUCCCGAGAAGCCUGCAGCUCCUCCUAAGCCCAUGACAUGGGCCAGCCGAGCUGCCGCUGCCCUUCCUAAGCCUGUUGUUCCUCUCCCCAAGACUACUACUCCUCCUGUGAGCCAGAGCCGUGCUCCCGCUCCUGCUGCUGCUGCUGCUGCUGCUUCUGCCGCUACUUCUCAACCCGCUGCUGCUCCUGCUGCCAGCUCUACCGCGCCCGCCACUGAGUCCGCUGGUAAGGAUGCGGCUGGAUGGCAGACUGCAGGCAGUGACUCUAAGCGACAGAACCGACCUCAGUCUGUUUCCGGACCUCCUGCUGAUAAGGAAAGCACCACCGUAUACGUCAAGUUCGUCACGGAUAAGGUCCAGGACGCAGACCUCAGGAACGCCUUGACUGCUUUUGGCGAGCUGAAGAGCCUUGAUAUCAUACGCCAGAAGAACUGCGCAUUCGUUGAGUUCAAGACCCCCGAAGCCUCCAAGGCUGCGGUUGCUGCUAACCCUCACACCAUUAACGGCGAGACUAUCAUGGUCGAGUCCCGUCGCAACAAGCCCGGUGCCAAUAACGCUGGUGGCCGAGGCCCCGUUUCUGGACGUGGCCGUGGUGGCGCUGAGGGCGGACGAUCUGGUGGCCAGGGCCCCCGAGGCAACUUUUCUGGUCAAAACCGUGGCCGUGGUGGCGCUCCCCGCGGCCGUGGUGGUGCCCAGUCCCAUAACGCUUAA